AUGGAAGCAGUCAAUUCAGCAUUGCUAUGUAAAUUGGGUUCAUUAUUAGAGAGCAACCAGAAUCAGCUCUGGGUUAGAUCCCUAAAAGCUAAGUACUUCCCCUCCUCUUCUUUUAUGAGAAGUAAUCGGAAGAAGACUAACUCUUGGCAGUGGAAAGGAAUUUUGAGUAUUAGACCCAUUUUAGCUAAGAGUAUGUGCUUUAGGGUGGGCAAAGGAAACAAUAUCAACUUUUGGAAGGCUCCUUUGAUUCCCAACAAUCCCAAUUUCAAGCCCACUCCAAACCAAGAUGCGCCUCCUCACUCUUUUGAAAUGGUAGACUCUCUGUGCCUAGAGAAUGGUAAUUGGAACCUUCAACGUUUGACCACCCUCUUUGACAGUUACUCAGUGAGUAAUAUUCAAAAGAUUUUCUGGGCAACAAACUCCAUGGAGGAUGAAGUAAUAUGGCUCGGCAAUCCCUCGGGCAAUUUCCAAGUGAAGACAGUAUACAAGUUUCUUCAUCCACAAGAAACUCAACAAGGGAAAUGGUGGUACCAUUUUUGGAAUAGUGGAUUCCAUGAAAGACUUAAAAUUCUUCAUGUGGAAACUCUCCUCUCGAGGAUUACCAUUGCUCGAGCUUUAUGGCUAGCAACCCCAUGGAGCAUCAGAUGGGAAGGCUUCAACUUGACAAGUUUAGAGACUCAUCUGGACUGGCUAGCUAAUCCUAGAGGGAAACUUCCCAUUCACCCUGAUGAUGGCUCUAAAUUCUUUCUCUUUGCAGUGGUGGUUCUUGAAACCUUAUGGUCUCUUCGGAACAUAUUUUUGUUUGAGGGAACAAGAAUUUCCCUGGAUUUAGAAGUGAAGUCUAUUUUUGGCAAAUUUAAUGAAUUCCACAGUGCCAUGGCUGAGCAUAUUGCUCCCCCAAAUGCCCCCUCAACCAUCUCUAGAUCUUGGUCUCCUCCCCUGCAGGGUGUUAUCAAGCUGAAUACGGAUGCCUCUAUGGGAAAUGGUUUCGCCAGUCUGGGAGUGGUGGCCAGAGAUCAAGCUGGGAAUAUUAUCAAAAUCAACGUUACGAGGGAACUUAUUGACUUCCCUGAAUCAGCUGAAGCAGCCGCUAUUCAUCGUGCAAUGUUGCUGGCCUUGGAAGCUGGUUUGUUGAUCAUUUGCUGCGAAAGUGAUACGAAAGCCGUCAUCCAAAAGCUAAACAACCAAAAUGGCUGCUCUGUUCACUGGGCCACAGUUGGCUUCAUCAAAGAGAUUAUUGACCUUUGUCCUAGGACUGCAGCCUGA